AUGCGGUUCGGCACGCUCGCCGCGAUCGCGGGCCUCGCCGCCUCGCUAUCAGCCAUGGCAUAUCGAGUCGCAAUCAAGGACACGGACACGUUCCGCGAGGUGUGCUCAGGCAUGUUCGGAGGCGACAAAGCAUACGUCGAACUCGAAUUUGAGCAACACGCGGUUGGGCAGGUCGCGCUUGUGAUGUACGAGUACGCGGACGCCGAGUACAUCGGCCGCCAGCCGCCGGACGACGGGACAUGGCACUCGAAAGUAUAUAUCUGCACAACGACGACAGUGCGUUCGGGACUAUGUACCACCGCGCAGCUGGGCACGUUCCUCACCACCCUGCCCGAGGGCAAGGAGCUGAAGGACACGUCGAUCUACACUUCCGCGCUACGAUUUGACCCAGAGGCAGCGGCGGUCGGAGGGACAGGUGGGGCUGCCCCGCCUCCCGCCGCCAUUGAGGCUGAGGCUGGAAAGGGAGAGAGCAAGAACACGCGCCGACAGGACGAGGAGAUCGAUGACGUCGCUGAGCCUGAGCCGUACCCCGGCCGGCCAACAACGGGGGGCAGUGGUUCUGCUGUCGGCAAACCGGUGCAGGGCGAGUCCGGCUCGGCGGUUGACACGCCGGUGCAGGGCACCCCGGAAGGCAGCUCACACGGCCAGGGUGGGACCACUGCGAUCCCUCCAACGGCUGGAGACGGCAUCGAAGUCGGCUCCGACGUCCCCGUCUACUCGAAGCCAAUCCGCAUGGACGUACCCAAGACAGGCUACUACUGCGUCGCGGUCAUCCCGGUGACGCUCGUGACCAAGGAACGCGCGCUCGACGUACGCAAGAACAUCGCCGCCGAGUACCAGGGUGUGAUCACGUUCCGGAACCAGUUCGACGGCGAGCUCCCUGCGGUUGAAUACCCGAAGAUUGCGUUCUACGGCGUCCUCGCAGUCAUCUACUUGCUGCUUGCGGUUGGGUGGGGCAUCCUCUGCGCCAAGCACUACCAGGAGCUGCUACCGAUGCAGUACUACAUCUCUGGCACGAUCGUGUUCCUUGUCAUCGAGAUGAUUGCGCUCUUCACGUACUACCGGUACGUGAACAAGCACGGAGGCGGCGCGGGCUCGAUCGCGUUCCUCAUCGUCAUCUCGAUCCUCAACGCUGCGCGCAACUCGCUUUCCUUCUUCCUCCUGCUCAUCGUCGCGAUGGGCCUUAGCGUCGUCACGCCGUCCCUCGGGGCGGUUAUGACGCGUGUGUGGCUCCUCACUGCGUUUCAUUUUGUCUUUGGUGUCGCAUACGCCGUCGGUACCGUCAAGGUCGAGCUGGACUCGGCCAACAUCAUCAUCGUUCUCCUUAUGAUCUUCCCCCUCAGCUUCACCCUCACGGCCUUCCUCAUGUGGAUCAUUGUCAGCUUGAACGGCACGAUUCUGCACCUCCAGCAACGCAAGCAGAACUUCAAGCUCGCCAUGUUCCAGAGCCUGUACCGCAUCCUUAUCACUGCGGUGAUUGCGGUCGCAGCGUUCUUCGUACUUUCGUCCAUCUCCCUCUCAAACCGCCUCGACGAGGACUACGCGCCGCGCAACUGGCGCUGGCGCUGGGUGCUGCUCGACGCAUCGCUCUCGUUGAUCUAUCUCGUGGCAUUCGCGGCGAUUGCAUGGCUCUGGCGCCCGACUGAGAACAACGUGCUCUUCGCCAUGUCUCAAGAGCUGGCGCAGGACGAGGACGACGCGGCCGACUACGAGCUUGAACCGCACGACCCGGAUGCUGUGGAUGCUGGGGCUGCGUUAGGCGGUCUCAGUGGGCGCGACGAUGGCUUGCGCCUGCCGGGUCUCCUGGCUCACGAUGGACGAGAGCACGUCCACGGCGAGCGACACAGUGGGGACGAGCACGAACGCGAGCGCCUCUUCGACGCCGACGACGCCGACCGCGACAGCGCGCGUGGCUCUGGUGAGCCUGGGUACCGCGUCGCCGCACCUCAUUCUGGGGGAUCUGGCGGGUACGCACCGCACACGAACGACGACAAUGUCGUGUUCGCGAUGGGGGAUGAUAGCGACGACAGCGAUGCCGAGGAGGGCAAGCUGCUCACGCGCGUAUCGCUCAACUCGAGCCGUGGGAGCCGGCGGAACAGCUCCAACAUGGGGCGAUACAAAGACAAGUCAGACUGA